UCAAUUAUUUCCAUCUCUCCCCCCCAAACAUUAACACUCCCCUCCCUCUCUUAUUUCUCCUUCCACCAUGGCUCUAGAAACUUGGCUCAUCAAAGUAAAGAAGACCAUAGCGCGUGCCACGGCGCCCCACCAUCACGCCGCGAAGCCGAGCGUGAUGGUCAAGAAAUCCGCGCAGGUCGGCGUUUUGGCCUUCGAGAUCUCCGGCCUCAUGGCCAAGCUCCUCCACUUGUGGCAGUCCUUGUCGGACAAGAACGUGACGCGCCUCCGCGGCGAGUGUUUGGCAUUGGAGGGCGUCCGGAAGAUCGUGUCCAACGACGACGUUUUCCUCCUCGGCCUGGCCUGCGCGGAAUUGGUGGAGAAUCUCCGGGUGGUGGCGAAAUCCGUGACGAGAAUUAGCCGGAAAUGCGACGACCCGAAGCUCCGGUCCUUGGACCGGAGCUUGAACGAGUUUGCGAACUCCGGGAAGGACCCGCACGGGAUGGUUUUGGGUUGGAAAGAAAUGGAGGCAAAGAUUAAGAAGAUGGACCGCUACGUGAGCUCAACAGCUCUGCUUCAUAAGCAAAUGGACGAGCUUUCCGGCCUGGAAAAGAAGGCCGCGCAGGCCGAGGGCCUGGAGAGCUCGGCCAGAGAAAAACGGCUCGGCGAUCUCCACCAAAAGAUCCAAUGGCAGAAACAACAAAUCAAAUACCUCAAAGAGAAAUCCCUCUGGUCUAGAACCUUCGACACCGUCACAUUAUUACUCGCCCGGUCCAUUUUCACUAUAUUAGCGAGAACCAAGAUUGUUUUUGGAAUCAAUAAUUCCACCCUCCCCUACCCAUCCACGCUCCCCCGGAGCCUCUCCGCCUCCGCCACGGUCCACCCGUCGGAAAAUCCGCCGCCGCCGUUCGUCUCCGGGCCGCUACUCCAAGAACCGCCGAAUAAAUUCUUCCGGUCGAAUUCCGACAUGCUAAAACCCCCGGCCACCACGCUCGGCGCGGCGGCGCUGGCUCUACACUACGCCAAUCUUAUAAUCGUGAUGGAAAAGAUGAUCCGAUCGCCCCAGCUCGUCGGAGUCGACGCCCGGGACGAUUUAUACUCAAUGUUACCCAACAGUAUCCGGUCGGCGCUCCGGGCGAGGCUAAAAGGGGUGGGAUUCUCCGCCACCGAUCCGGCGCUGGCCGGCGAGUGGCGAGACGCGCUGCAGAAGAUAUUGGGAUGGCUUUCGCCAUUGGCUCACAACAUGAUCAAAUGGCAGAGCGAGAGGAGCUUCGAGCACCAAAACCUCUUGCCCAAAACCAACGUUCUCUUGCUCCAAACCUUAUUUUUUGCUAAUCAGGAGAAGACCGAAGCCGCCAUUACCGAGCUUCUCGUCGGCCUCAAUUACAUCUGGAGAUUUGAAAGGGAGAUGAAUGCUAAAGCCCUAUUCGAAUGCACAAACUUCAACACCUUCUUGAAUUUGCAAGAAUUCAAAUAAUACCUGUCUGCACCACUAAUCUUUAGUAGGCAGUAUUUGAAAGAACAGAACAGGUCAAGAUUAGAAAUUUAGCAACGACAGUGUGAUGAUUAUAUCCAAAAUGGACCGAUCCAGCCAUUGAAUUACUAUGAUUUACUUCAUCCCACCUGCUCUGUCGGACCGAGACAAGCCAGGGAAGAAAAUUUGAAGUAAUAAUUCCCUGUUUAUUCUUCAUCUGUCAAAAUUUUCUUGGGCUUUUUUUUUUUUCUCUUAAUUUAAUUUUUAUUUUUGGUAUAUCAUUCCAAUUAAGAAUCUAGAGAUUAAGAAUCCUCUUCCAGAUCUAAAGAGGGUUUUGUUUUGGCUCUAACCCUGCCGUGCCGGUAUAAAUGUAUAUUGUAAUGUAUCUUUGGCCAUAUAAUAUAUGUGAAUGUAUAAUA